UUUCGAAUUUCGCCUUGAACAUGAUUGGAAAAAUUUUUAAUAGUAUUUAGGGAAUUCCAUAUUUUUUCAAUUUGUGUAUGUUAAAAAAAAAUUGUUGCCUUUUUCAUUCUACUUAGUUAGCUAUUGAUGCUUUUUUCCCUUUCACAGUAAAAUGAGCGAUGAUAUUAAUGAUAGUGCGAAAGCUAGAUAUAGCUCAUCGGAAAUUUUUACCGGAAAACUUUGUAUUCAAUCUCAGGAAAUACCGUUUGCUCACUUUAUCCAUCACUGCAGUUUAGAAAAUAUUUUAAGAGUAAUGAUUGAAGAAUGGAAUUUACAAAUUCCAAAUAUUAUGGUCAUUUUAGUAUCGGAUAAUGCAUCCUUGAGUGGCUGGAUUGACUUUAAAGAGCAGAAGCGAUUUGUUAAAGGUUUGAUUAAGGCAUCUAAUGCUACAUCAAUGUGGAUUCUUACAAGUGGUCUAAACAUUGGCUUAGCUAAACUUGUUGGGGAUGCUUUUCAACUUGAUUAUAAGAAGCGUUAUGCUCAGUUUUGCUACAGUCAAUCAAUCGAAAGUGAAAAAAUAAAGAAUACUCCUCUCAUUGGUGUUUGUAGAGACACAAUUCUUACAUAUUAUGAGAAAUUUAGAAACCCGGAAAAAAACCUUUUACUGCAAAAUCUUGGAAAUAAACCAGAUGAACAUAGGUUUGAUUUGAAUGUUUUCCAUACUAAUUUUUUGCUUGUUCGAGACAAAACUGCCCAUAAAAGUGGAGUCAACCGAUUUCUUUUAAAGCUCGAAGAUGCAUUUCGAGGUUUUCAUUCUGGCACUUCAGAUGAUGUGUCUACUUUUUUGCCAUCUUCUCCUGUACCAGUGAUAGCAGUUCUUGUUCAAGGAAAUUUAAACUCUGUACAUUAUAUAUUAGCACAUUUGAAGCGCAAACUACCCAUUCUUGUCAUUAGGGGUAGUGGGGGUUUGGCUGAUAUUUUGGCUUAUGCAUAUUAUGAAGUACAGAGAAGUUUCGAAAAAAUCAAAGAUGUGGAAUACGUGGAAAAUAUACUGAAGAAAAGUCUAAGUGAUAAAAUAACUGCUGUAUUUCCAACUCUGAAAGAUAAUAAAAUGGCUCAUCGUUUGCUUUGUGAUAGACUUCUUGAUUGUGUACGAUGCGCAGAGCCUCCUAAGUUGAGAUACAUUACUGUGUUUAGCACUCUUGAUCUGGAUCGAGAUAUAGAAGACCUUCCUAGUCAUUUGCUUGAAACUAUUUUUAAAGCCCAAAAAUCUGAUGUAUCCAAUUUUCAUGCUCAUCUUAAAAGAGAUUUAUUGCUUACAAUUGAUUGGAAUUGCCCUCAUUUAGCAGUUACUAAAGUGUUUUAUAAAGAUCCUAGUUUUAAAGUUGAAAAUGAUGUAUUUGAACAAACACUGCUUAGUAAAGAUAGAGAAGAAUUUAUUUCAAUGUUUCUUGAUCAUGGAUUUGAAAUUCAUAAGUAUAUGAAUUCAUCUCGUGUUAUAACAUUGUUUGAAAAAGCUCUUACUGAAGAUUUUUUCCGAGAAGUUUGCUGGGAAAGAAUUUUAGGUUAUAGAAGGAUUAUGAUGCUUGAUGAUUACUUUAUUGACUCAGAUCUGAAUUGGAUUAUUGAAAAUUUAAUGGGAAUGCCUAUUUAUAUAAGUUCUAAGGAACUGAAUGAAUGCUCUGCUGGAAUUUUUAAUCUGGAUUGCCCUAAAGAAUUAGCAUCUGAUGUAGCAAGACGUAAGGCAAUAACCGUGCUACUAAUAUGGGCUUUAAUAUCAAAUCGAGGAAAAUUAGCAGUUUAUUUAUGGCGCCAUGUAGAUCAACCUGUAAUGCUCGCUUUAGCCAGUACUUUGAUUUUGGAUAAAAUACAACAGUAUAUUACUGAUACAACAUUAAAAGAAAAAAUUGAAAAACUUCGCAAGCAAUUUGCAGACAUGGCUGUUGGUGUAUUUGAUCUAUGUUACAAUGAUAUGCCAUCUAAAGCAUAUGAUGCUCUCAGUGUAAAGAAUAAAGAUUGGGGAGGUCACUCAUUAAUUGAUAUGGCUGCUUUAGCUCAGAAUAAGGAUUUAGUUGCUCAUCCCUGUUGUCAGAAAUGGUUGACAAAUACAUUUAUGGGAAAUAUUAAAAUGAGGGAUCUUUCUUGGGGUUUCAUGACUAUACCUACAUACUUUAAAGUUAUUCUUUGUGCUUUCUUUGUGUAUCCUAUGUAUUUAUGGGUCAGAUUUAAAGAAACAUCUGAUGAGGAAUUCGUUGGAAGUAAUGAGUAUGAAGCAAGUGACCCAUAUUAUACUACUUCAAAUGCCCCAAGAAAUAAAAAUGUUAGUCAUGAAGAAAUUGGACGUUUUCAUUUAUUAAAGUACCAUUAUCCUCCUAUGUGGCAAAUGAUUUACUGGAUGUGGAGUGCUCCUAUUACAAAAUUUUGGGUUUCUCAUAUAUUUUAUGUCAUUUACUUAGCAAUCUUCAGUGUAGCUGUGAUUUGGACAUCUUGUGGAAACAUCUAUCUAGAUCUUUUGAUUUGUUUUUGGACAAGUAUGAUAGCUUUACAAACUGCUCAUAAAUUAUAUGCUUUGAACAAGGCAUUUCCCAAUACUCCAUUGUUUGGUACAAGUUUAGAAAUUAUUUACAUUCUCACAUAUGUAAUUUUCCUUUUCUUGCUUCGCAUCAAACCAAUGAAUGAUCCUUAUGGUGGAAAGAUUUUAAUGUGUUUGGGACUGCUUUUCUUUUACUAUCGUAUGAUAUUUAUUUAUUUGCCAAUAUCAUCAACUCUAGGACCACUGCUUUAUAGAGUUAAAGAAAUGAUUACUGUGGAUUUUGUAAAUUUUAUGAAGUUGGUUGUAUUAAUCCUCAUAGCUAAUGGCAUUGCAAUGCAAGCAAUUUUAUAUCCAGAUUUCCCAUUAAGUGUUGAAUUGAUACGAAAAUCAUUCCACAAAGCCUUUAUUGCAUUUUUCAUGACACCUGUUGGAGAACUAAAAGGUACUGAACCAUUUUGUAAAACUUGGGAACAAAAGCCAGCAGAUGGAAGCAUGUGUCGAGUUAGUAAUUAUGUUGAUGGUAGAUGUUCAUCUGGGAUUGCAUUUUGGCCUUAUGUAAUUGUCUUCCAGUAUUUGUUACUAUUAAAAUUAAUUCUGUUAACUAUACUAUUUGCUCUUUUCAGUAAUACUGGAAGCAAAUUUAGUGCUGAAAGUAAUACAUUAUGGAAAUUUCAGCGUUAUCAUCUGGUUACAAAAUUUUCAGUAUCUUUACGUCUUCCACCUCCACUCAAUAUCUUUAGCCUCAUUGGUAUUCUGUAUGAAUUUGGUGUUUAUGUUUAUAAAUGGAUUGAUGCUUUAAUGCAGAAGAAAAUUAAACAAGGAACUAACACGAUAACAAAUGAAGGGUACUUUUCUUCAUUAGAAUGCAAUUAUUGGAAGCAAUUAGCACGAGAUUAUGUUGAUAAAGAAGAAUAUAAAAAAAAGGAAGAAGAAUUCACACAGAAAGAAUCUGAUAUAAUUGGAAAAUUGUUGGAUGAUGUGAAUUUAAAAGAAGAUUUGAUUUAUCGAGCCAAGAGUCAAAUUGCACAACUUGAGGCAGACAUAGGUUACACUCAUGCCCAUCUUGAAACUUUAAAAUAUCAUGAAAAGAAAGAUGAUGAACAAAAGGCAAGCCUUUCCUUACAUUCUUUGGCUCGUGAAUCGCCAUAUCCAAGAACUAAGAUUCAACGCUUUCCGGUUCCUGAUAAAUAUGUUCCUUGGGAAGUAAUGUGGCUACAUUAUGAACCAAAUAUUUAUACUAUGCCCAAGAGUGACUUUAUAAGCUAUCUUCAACCUUAUGUGGAUGAAGAUAUCCUCAUGAUGAAACAGAGAGGAGUUAAUAAAGAUGAAAUUCCAGUUUAUCUGUGGAAUAUGGAAUCAACUGAUUCAAAUGGUUUUUAUCGAAACCGUAAAUCUUGGAUUAUUGAUUCAAGAACUAAACCUUUAACAUAUCGACUGGAUCUGGAUGAUUUACCUCGUAACCCAAUGGGAAGAACUGGACUACGUGGUAAAGGUGCUCUUCCUCGUUGGGGACCUAAUCACAAUGUUUUUGCAGUUAUUACUAAAUUUCAAAGAAGAACUUCAAAAGGUUCUGAACAUUCAUUAUUGGGAACAGCUGAUUUAUUAGAAUUUGUUGAAACAUUUUACUGGACUAAAAAGGAAAUUUCACUUCCUGGGGGUUUUGCCUGGUCUGAGAACCGAUAUCAAGUGAUACAGUCUGUUUUUAAAAUGGCUGAUGAAAGUCCUACUUGGGUAACAGCAGAUGACAUGAUUCAGUUUUUCAAACAACAUGCAACUGCUUCAACUGGUUCAGAACCCAGUGAGAAAGACUUCAAGAGUGAGAAAAUUUAUUGUGGCUAUAUGGAUGAUCAGCUGAACACUGAUCAGGCUUGGAAAGAAGUUGAACUAUGGCACAUACAUUAUUAUAACUAUACAAGUAUUAUUGGAACAUUUAAGAGCAAUGUAAAAUGGAGAAUUUUAUCAGAAGAUGUUUUCAUUCGCCUCCCUUAUGGACAGACAACUCUUUUGCAAGAUGCUAUUCGUACCUUAGAAGCGAAAAUAACAUAAUAUGAGUAAACAUAGUUGUUAUACAGAAAUUAAUCUAUUUCAGAUAUAUACAAUAUAUUCUGUUGAAAUAUUUGUUUCUUAAUAAAGGCUUGAUGUCUCUUUGAA